AUGUUACAUACAAUGAAUUCUUAUAAUUAUGAUAAUAUUUAUCCACAAUAUGAUAAUCAUGAAGAUCCCAAUAGUAAUUCAAUAUUCAUGAAACUUGUACCUAAAAAGAUGUACUCAAAUUCUGUUAAUCAAAUUCUUUCCAGUGAUCCAUGUCGUGUAUGUGGUUUUGACAAGAAUACUGGUCGUAAUUUCGGUGUUAUAACUUGUUCAACAUGUAAAGCAUUUUUUCGAAGAAAUGGUCGUACUGGUUCAUUAUUACCACCAUGUCGUUUUGGUGGUCAAUGUUCUGUUACUGAACGAACACGUCGUCAAUGUUCAUCAUGUCGUUUAGCGAAAUGUUUUGCUGUUGGUAUGCAAAAAGAUUUAAUACGUACGGAUGAAGAACGUGCUGCUCGAUUACAAUUAGUUAAAGCAAACCGUAUACACCGACACGGAAAAUAUCAACAACAUGCACCUUGUGACAUAAAAAAAUCACCUCAUCAAAAUGAUUCAUCAUCAUUCUCAUUAUUAUCAUCAAAUGAUUGGAUACAAAUAACAAAUAUUCGUAAUGCCUACGGACAUUUUUGUUUAAAUCCAAUAUUACAUGCUGAAGAAGAACGUGAAGAAUAUUUAACAGCACAACCAAUUAAAUGUCGAUUAAAAGAACAUUCAUUUUUAAAUGUAUUAAAUGUACGUUUAACAUCAUUAUCAACAUUUUUUUCUACAACUAUACCUGCAUAUUCUAUUGGAAUGAAUAGAAAUGAUCGACAAUGGUUAAUACAUAUGAAUUUACAUUAUUUAUUUUUAUUUUCAUCCAUGGAUUUAAUGAAUAUUAAUGGUAAUCAAUUACAUUUUGGAUCAAAUAAAGCUUGUCAUAAUGUUUAUUUAUAUGUAUUUGGACAAGAUUUAUUAAUACGUGAAGAAUAUUUAAUACAUAAACUAAAUCAUUUAAUUGGUCAUGAUUCCGCUAUAAGUAAAAUUAUGCAGAUUAUUUUAUUUUUAUCACCAUGUUUAGUUACUAAUUCUUUUCGAACGUUAAAUUCUUAUCAACCAUCAGCAGAAACAAUUUUACAUAUACAUCAUGCUCAACAAGAAUAUACUCAUAUAUUAUGGUCAUAUUUAAUUUAUCGUUAUGGUGAAAUUAAAGCUCAAAAACUUUUUAUGUCAAUUAUAGGACAUGUUUUACAACAACAAAUAUAUGGCAAUGAUGUUGAUAAAAGUUUAAUUGAAAGACAACCAUUUGGAAAUCUUGUUUAUUCUAUGUUAACAUCAUUUUCAAUUGAUUGA